GUGGUUGCCCAUUUUCAGCCGCUCAUUGUGGGCGCCACAAGUCACUCACGUAAUACGAACAAAGAAAAUAAUGUUCUUGGUUAAACAAAGAAACAAAAUUCCUACUUUACAAAGAAGUUUGAAUUUACUCUAUAAGAAGAGACCUCAACCGAAACCAACAUCCACGAGAAGAAAAAAGCAAAUACACACACAAAAUGAGUGAAGUGAAACUGUUUGGAACUUGGUUUAGCCCCUUUGUGAAGAGAGUGGAAAUGGGGCUUGAUUUAAAAGGUAUCAAAUACGAGUUCAUUGAAGUAAAUCUCAAAGACAAAUCAUCUUCUGAUCUUCAACUCUACAAUCCAAUUCACAAAAAAGUGCCGGUUUUAUUGCACAAUGGCAAAGCCAUUGCUGAAUCCAUGGUCAUUCUUGAAUACAUCGAUGAGGUGUGGUCUGAGGGUCCAUCCAUUCUGCCCAAAAAUCCUUACGACCGAGCCAUGGCGCGUUUCUGGGCCAACUUCAUCACCGACAAGUGCCAACCUCCAUCGUGGAAGGCUUGUUGGAGUGGCGGAAUGGAACGAGAGGCAGCGAAGGAGGAAGCGGAAAACGGAUUAAAGAUUUUAGAAAAUGAAAUAAAGGGAAAGAAAUUCUUCGGAGGUGAUAAUAUUGGAGUAGUGGAUAUUGUUGGCAAUUAUAUUGCCUUUUGGCUCCGGAUUUUGCAACGAGAGGCGGGAAUCCAAAUUUUGACUGAAGAAAAAUUUCCAAAUUUGUGUAAAUGGGCUGAUGAAUUUUGUAAUCACAGCUUUGCUAAGAAACAUGUGCCCAAUAAGGAGGAAAUGGCUGCUGAGUUCAAGAUUGGUUUAGCAAAUGGCAAGCUCUAUUGAGUUUAUCAUCUAUUUAUGAUAUAGUGGUGUGUAGUGGAAAUAAUUGACAAUAAGUACUACUUGAUCAUCAAAUUUGUUACUAUGAAGUUUUUGGAAAUAAAGAAAUGAUUUCUUCAGUCUA